UCUCGCCCUCGCCACCACGUCCGCAUCGCCAUGCGCGACUAGCCGCUGGGCGUGCCUCAUCUCAGGUACACGGCGCUAGCAUGCACCGGGUGCGGGCAGCGCAGCAUGCGGAUGCUCACGGCGAUGGCUGCGGUGCUGCCUGACGCUGAGCCCUCAGACUCGCAACCCACGCCUGCUCUUGCCCUUGACGCAGACGCACGCCCACCGCUGCGCCCGGGCUGCGUCCUGCCUGCUGCUGCUGCGGCAAAAGGGCGCAGGCUGCGCGGAGCAGCGGCUCGGCGUGCACGGCGAGCGGCGGCUUGCGCGGUGGCGAGGCGCAUCCGGCCAUGCUGUGCUGCGCCGCGGCCGCAGCAGCCGCCUCGAUGCGCGCGACGCUCUGCAGCUGGAUGCUGCUGCACGGGCGAUCCUCCCUGCUCUCUCGGCCUCCUCGCUGCACCCGCGGCGCAGCAGCGUCCAGCAGCGGUAGCAGCGGUGGGCCCCUUGGCAGGCAGAGCAUGCAGGCAAGAGCCCGACGGCGCACGGCGGAGGGAUGCGCUGCUGUGCGGUGCCUCAGGGGGGCGCGAAGAGACGCUAGCGCGGCGUCCUUGCUUGCCCUCCUUCGCGCUGGUGCUGGCGGCGACGCGUGCCUCAGGCGCAGGGCGCAGGGCGCAGGGAGCUCCCUCGCAUCCGCCAGCCGCCAGCCGCCAGCCGCCGCCUCUGCUCCUUCAUCCCGGCCGCAGCGGGCGCGAGCUUCCCGAUGGCUGGGCGCAGGGCAAGCGGCGGCUGCGGUGCAGCACGGGCACUGCGACACAGCGUCGACGCCGCGGCCUGCCAACCUCGUGUGCAAACAAGCGGCGCCGGCGUGUUGCAGCGCCAUGCACAGCCUAAGGUCGCGCGCUCGCCCCCUCCCAGACCUGCGCUCUCCUCGCACCGGCGCGCGAGACAGUCCAACG